AAAGCAUUUUCCAAUGCAUUUUCUCGACACGUGAAUCAAAGUGUUUUGAGCACUUUGCUUAGCAUCAGUAACUUUUCUUCCAAGCAUUGCCAUCCACAGUCUUCAAGCCAAUAAGAUGAAUGUCUUCUUUAUGUUCUCACUGCUGUUCUUGGCUGCCUUGGGAAGCUGUGCAGAUAACAAAAACCCCCUAGAGGAAUGCUUCCGAGAAACUGACUAUGAAGAAUUUCUAGAGAUUGCCAGAAAUGGUCUGAAAGCGACAUCAAACCCAAAACAUGUUGUGAUUGUAGGUGCAGGAAUGUCUGGGCUUAGUGCAGCCUAUGUUCUUGCAGGGGCUGGACAUCAGGUGACAGUUCUUGAAGCCAGUGAACGUGCGGGAGGACGAGUGAGGACUUAUCGAAAUGACAAAGAAGGCUGGUAUGCCAAUCUCGGGCCCAUGCGUUUACCUGAGAAACACAGGAUUGUCCGGGAAUAUAUCAGAAAGUUUGGUCUGCAGUUGAAUGAAUUUUCUCAGGAAAAUGACAAUGCCUGGCAUUUUAUCAAAAACAUCAGGAAGAGAGUAGGGGAAGUCAAGAAAGACCCUGGCGUCUUGAAAUAUCCUGUGAAGCCUUCAGAAGAAGGCAAAAGUGCUGGACAGCUAUUUGAAGAGUCCCUCAGAAAGGUUGAAAAAGAAUUAAAAAGGACUAACUGCAGCUACAUACUAAAUAAAUAUGACACCUACUCAACCAAGGAAUAUCUAAUUAAAGAAGGAAAGCUGAGUCCUGGAGCUGUAGAUAUGAUUGGAGACUUAUUGAAUGAAGAUUCUGGCUUUUAUAUGUCUUUUACUGAGAGCAUGAAACAUGAUGAUAUCUUCGCUUAUGAAAAAAGAUUUGAUGAAAUUGUUGGUGGAAUGGAUCAGUUGCCUACAUCCAUGUAUCGAGCCAUUGAGGAAAAGGUGCGUUUCAAUACCCGAGUAAUCAAGAUACAGCAGAAUGCCAAGAAAGUCACAGUGACAUAUCAAAACCGAGCAAAGGACACGUCACUUGUGACAGCUGAUUAUGUCAUUGUAUGCACUACGUCAAGGGCUGCCCGUCGCAUCACUUUUAGACCACCCCUUCCGCCAAAGAAAGCGCAUGCUUUGCGGUCUGUCCACUACAGAAGUGGCACCAAGAUCUUCCUCACUUGCACUAAGAAAUUUUGGGAGGAUGAUGGCAUUCAUGGUGGGAAGUCCACAACUGAUCUUCCAUCCCGAUUCAUUUACUACCCUAACCAUAACUUUACUAGUGGAGUUGGGGUUAUUAUAGCCUAUGGCAUUGGUGAUGAUGCCAAUUUCUUUCAAGCUCUUGAUUUCAAGAGCUGUGCUGAUAUUGUCAUGAAUGACCUUUCAUUGAUCCAUCAGCUGCCCAAGAAAGAUAUCCAGGCCUUCUGUUAUCCCUCAAUGAUUCAAAAAUGGAGCCUGGAUAAGUAUGCUAUGGGUGGUAUAACCACUUUCACUCCCUACCAGUUUCAACAUUUUAGUGAAGCGCUCACUGCACCGGUAGGCAGAAUCUACUUUGCAGGGGAGUAUACGGCCAAUGCUCAUGGUUGGAUUGACAGCACAAUUAAGUCAGGGCUGACAGCAGCAAGAGAUGUGAAUCGUGCUUCUGAGAAUCCAUAAGGAAUCCACCUGAGCAAUGACAAUGAACUUUAAGAAGGAGGUCAGCAAUAGGAGAAUUAAAUAGAGAGCUACAGCCACUUUCCCAAUUCUGGCAACUUCCAGAUGUUUCAGACUAAAAUUCCCAGAAUACCAAUUGGUAAUUCUAGGAGCUAUAGUCCCAGGAGGUUGGAGCCAGAAGGAAGUGGGGGAAGUAAGCUGAUUUGGCCUGGCUAAAUUAUCAAAAGUGAUCUAUAUCAGCCAAAACAUGUCAAAAUAUAUGAGAGCAUUUUAGAGGAAACUGAAAUAAACCACAGAAUGAAAAGGAUUAUUAGCAUGCCACCCCAAUUUGGAAAGGAAGUCCUCUCAAGACAAUCUAUAUAUACUACUAAAACUCUCUUUUCUGUAACAUUUUACUGGGCAAAACAGUGCAUCAUAGGGCAAGAAGUUUUGAACCAAAAUACUUCUAAUGGGCUAACUU